UUUUCUGUAUUAGUACCAGAGCAUUAGGCGUGUUUAAAGGAAACACGCAAAUACUGUGCUCCAAACACUCAGAGAAAUGAAGUUAUGAGUACCUCCCUGUGGUAGCCUGGUGUCUUCACAGUCAAGUUUCCUAUGUUAGAAGUUCCUUAUUAUUAACACCAGAAGUUCCCUAGAGCCCAAAACGUGAUAGGCGUUUCAGUGAAAAAAAAAGAAAAAAAACAAAUAGAGUUUGGUCUGUAGUCAUUCACAAGCCUAAUCCCUGUAAAAUACAGCUUUUUACCCACCGAUGCGCCUGCAUUUUCCAUAUAUUUUUCGCACUCCUUCGGCUGCUGCUGCGAUGCCGGGCAGGGAUAGGAUUCAGAAUAGGAGACUACAAGAGAAGGGUUUUAAUCUGGUCAUAGGUCAAGGUCUGAUUUGGGAAACUGUAUCGCAUUCGGUCAGAAAAGCGCUGGGUCCCGGCAGCACGAGAGCCCGGCACGGGGCGUGCGGAGCGAGGCAGCGCCUCCCACGUCAGCAGCGGCCGAUUUCCUGGGGCAGGGCCGCGCCGGGGCUCGCUGCCCGGGAGCGGCGGCGGCGGGGGCGCGCUCAGGGCCGCGCUCGGCCGGGGCGGGCGCGGUGCCGGCGCUGCCCGGGCCGGCGGGGCGGGCCCACACUACAAGUCCCGAGAGGCGGCGGGCGCGGGUCGAGCCGUCCCCGCUCCCUGCGCGGCUCCGGGGCCGCGUCCGCGGCGGGCGAGGCGAUGCCGGCGGCGGGCUCGGAGGGGGAGGAGGGUCUGGCCGGGGAGCAGCCCGGCCCCGGCACCCCCAAGCUCUGCGGGUACCUGCAGAAGCUGUCGGGCAAGGGGCCCCUGCGCGGCUUCCGCAGCCGCUGGUUCGUGUUCGACCCCCGCCGCUGCUACCUCUACUACUUCAAGGGGCCGCAGGAGCCGCUGCCCCUCGGGCACCUGGACAUCGCCUCCGCCUGCUUCAGCUACCACCAGCCCGAGGCCGGCGCGGGCGCCGCGGGGGAAGAGCCCGCCGCCUUCGAGGUGCACAGCCCCGGCGGGGCCGUCACCGUUCUCAAGGCUGCGACUCGGCAGGACAUGACCUACUGGCUCCAGGAGCUGCAGCAGAAGAGGUGGGAGUACUGCAACAACCUCGACGCGGCCAAACGGGACAGCUGCACUUCCCCCACACCCAGUGACUUUUCCAAAGGUCUUGUUGCCAAAGACAACCCUGAUUUGAGUAUCCUAAGUCAGAAUGCUUCAGCAGAGAGAGCUAGAAAUAUUCUAGCUGUGGAGACUUCUCCUACGGACCUAGUGGGGGAACAAGCAGCUUCCCAGCCUGCACCAGUCCAAGCAAGUGCCAUCAAUUUCUCCCUUAAACAAUGGAGUACUGAGAUCAAAAAUUCCAUGUCCUCCUUAAGAAAAGGAAGUAACGACAAUCGCAGAAGUGUAUUUUAUACCUCUGAGGAGUGGGAAUUGCUGGAUCCAACCCCAAAAGACUUGGAGGACUCAAUGGCUCUGGAGGAAAAAAGGAAACACCUGGCAGAAGGAAGUAAAGGACUGACUAGUUCAGCUUUUCCGUUUGAUUUUGGCCGCAUUCCACACAAAGCAAGGCGUCCGUUGAAAGAUAUGAUUGGAUCAAGCAAAAACCGCAACAGCAGCGACUCUUCCCCAACAGAGUGGAGCUCUGGCAAUGGCAACAGACUGGUCUCUGAACUGCAACUGAAGUAUCAAAGCCAGCAGGAAGAGUUGGAGAAGCUGAAGAAAGAUCUUUUGAGCCAAAAGGAACUCGUUCGACUUCUGCAGCAAACGGUCCGAUCUUCCCAAUAUGAUAAAUACUUUGCAAGCCACCUUUGUGAGGGGGUUCCCAAAGAUACAUUAGAGCUGCUGCACCAAAAAGAUGACCAAAUUUUGGGCCUCAAUAAUCAACUUGAGAAGUUAAAUCUGGAAAAAGAUAGUCUCCAGCAGGAAGUCAAGAAUCUGAAGUGUAAAGUUGGAGAGCUCAAUGAACGGCUGGGAAUGUUGAUGGAAACUAUUCAAGCUAAAGAUGAAGUCAUCAUGAAACUCUCUCGUCAACUCAGCGAAUGUGAGGACAGCACAUCCUCUCAAAGUGGAGCAAUAAAUUCCCCCACGGCCACCUGUACUAAUAAAGAGCUACAGGAACUGGACAGACUAAAAGACAAUCUUCAGGGCUAUAAGACCCAGAAUAAAUUUUUAAAUAAGGAGAUUUUAGAACUUUCUACUCUACGAAGAAAUGCAGAAGCAAGAGAGCGAGAAUGGCAGGCAAAGUAUACCAGCUUAGAAGCCAAACUCUGCCAGAUUGAAAGUAAAUACUUGAUCUUGCUUCAAGAAAUGAAAACUCCUGUUUGUUCUGAGGAUCAAAGCCCUGCUCGUGAGGUUAUCACACAGUUACUGGAAGAUGCCUUGAAAGCAGAACCUAAUGAACAACCAGAACAAGCAUUUUUCAAGCCCCACCUGGUCAGUGAAUAUGAUAUUUAUGGCUUCCGGACUAUCCCAGAGGAUGACGAGGAGGAGAAACUAGUUGCAAAAUCACGAGCUUUGGACUUGAGAUCACUUUCACUCAGUGAAAAUCGAGAGAUCUCCACAGGAGUGAAAUGGGAAAACUAUCUUGCAAGCACAAUGAAUAGAGAGAUGAUGCGCUGUGUGGAACUGAAGAACCUUAUUCGCUCUGGAAUUCCGCAUGAGCACCGCUCCAAGGUGUGGAAGUGGUGUGUCAGUCUCCAUGUUAAAAAGUUCAAGGACAGCGCAGUACCUGGCUACUUCCAAAUCUUGCUUCAAAAAGCUCUGGAAAAACCAAAUCCCGCAUCUAAACAGAUUGAGCUGGAUCUCUUGAGGACUUUGCCAAACAACAAACAUUACUCCUCCCCAACGUCUGAAGGGAUCCAGAAGCUGCGAAAUGUGCUGCUGGCAUUUUCCUGGAGAAAUCCUGAUAUAGGAUAUUGCCAAGGGCUCAACAGGUUGGUAGCAAUUGCACUUCUGUACUUGGAACAGGAAGAUGCUUUUUGGUGUCUAGUAACAAUAGUGGAAGUUUUCAUGCCUCGUGAUUAUUAUACUAAGACACUGCUGGGAUCCCAGGUUGAUCAGCGAGUGUUUAAGGACUUAUUGAGUGAGAAGCUUCCACGACUACAUGCUCAUUUUGAACAAUAUAAAGUUGAUUAUACUCUCAUCACUUUCAACUGGUUUCUUGUGGUUUUUGUGGACAGCGUGGUUAGUGACAUCCUUUUCAAAAUCUGGGACUCCUUCCUCUAUGAGGGACCAAAGGUAAUAUUCCGAUUUGCCCUGGCACUGUUUAAGUACAAAGAAGAGGAAAUCUUAAAGCUGGAAGAUUCAAUGUCUAUUUUCAAGUACCUUCGCUAUUUCACACGCACCAUCCUUGAUGCCAGGAAACUGACUGCUAUUGCUUUUGGAGACCUGAACCCUUUUCCCUUACGGCAGAUCAGGAACCGCAGGGCCUAUCACCUGGACAAAGUGCGCCUGGAGCUGACGGAGCUGGAAGCCAUUCGCGAGGACUUCCUGCGCGAGCGAGAGACCUGCGUAGAAAAAAGAGACCUUAUUAGUGAUGAUGAGGAGGAUAGCUGAAACUGCUUAAUAUAAACUGUUCUUUGGGAUCAUGACCAAAGACCUACAGUGAAGCCUUGCUCUAUAAGAAGAAACACAGCAUUCUUUCUGCAUGAUUGUAGAGCGAUUGUACAAUAGUGGUAGUGACUGGGUUUAUAAAACAAAUAUUUACCAAUCAAUCAAAAGAAACCUAAAGGUCACGACAUGCACACGGGAACUGAAGAUCCUUUUUCAACAGAAAAAUGCAAUAUUCUCCUGAUGUACUCAGCUUUACUGUGAGUGUUGGAUGCACUUCCUGCAAGACAGCUGUAAGGAGCAACAUCUGGGUUGUCGAGCUAUGGUGUUUCUGCUGUGGAAGUGUCACUUGGGACCAUUUUCUCUCCUUUGGUGACUAGCAGUGUUCAUAAGUGGUUCUUGGGAGAAGGAGGGUUUCUUUCUUCCUGGCGAUUCUCUGGACUUUUGCAAUGUUUUUUCUUGAACUGUUGGAUUUUCAGAAUGUUGUAUUGACUAUAAUGUGUCAUGAUAAAACUAGGAUUCAAAUACUAGGCAGCAAAUCACCAAGCUCUGAGGAAGUGGUUAGUUAGCAAAAAAGAAAACUAGUCAUUGGGAAGAGUCAAGUGCAUCAAGCUUGUAUUUUAUGUGUUUUGGUUUGGUUUUCUAGAAGUAGUAGUACUUUAUUUGGUAUAAUCAUGUAACUGUUUUAGCCAACUUCAGUGGGGGCAGAGAGAAAUCCUGCUUCAGCUUCACAGCACUUUUAAAAAAAAUUAUUUUAGAUAAUGUAGUUGUAGCCUUCUCCAAGUAAGCAUAUUAUAAGUUAGUUUAUAUGGAAGGGAACUAUUUAAUCAGAGGUGAAGUGGUAACUUAGAGGACUACUUUUGAUAUAAAAUUUAUGCUUCCUGUAUGACACAUAAUUUUUACCUAGCCAGCAAAUCCUUGCCAAUAAGGAACGGAUGGUGGGAUCAUCUUGAUUUGCAUGUUCCUAGUCUUCUGAAAUGUCCCCUAUGUUGUCUGUGGUAGGCAGUAGCUAGGGAUUUUUUUCUAAUUCCCUAGUUACUUUUGGUUGUGUACUGGAGGGUGGGGUUUUGAUAUUAUUGUAUGUACUGUAUUCUUUUUCUACUUACAAUCAGUAUUUGAAUACAAACAUGGGACCAGGUUUUCUAAUUUUCUAGUUAUGCUGUCUUGGUUUUCAAAGAGCUGGUCUCUAAAUCAAUAUGUAAUGCAGGCUUUUUGUUUGUAUGUUUGUUUUAAUGAUGUUGUCAAGUGUUAAAUGAAUUUUUUUUAGGGUGAAGAUCUUCCUUUCAGUGACCACAAGUGAAAUAUUAAGGUGAAGAAUUUAGAUACUUGUACUUACCCUAUUCCUACAAUCUAUUUUUCUUUGGCUUUGAGUCUUCACUAUGAGCUAGUCCUGUGACUUCAGGAGAUGUUUUCAGACUGAUUCCUUUUGAAGUGUUUGGGUUGUGAAGAUAAAGCUUACUUUGAAGCAACAGUUCAGGAAGUUCUUUAGCUGAGAAAACACGACCUGCAAUGUUACAGGACCAUUUCUGUUCGAGUUGUGCUGAUGGCUCAGUUUGUGUGCGCAUGUGAUGCUGUGUUUCAUUCUAUUAAGUUGUUUCCAGUUGUACAGUAAAGCUAAGUAGCUCUGUUUCUUCUGCCAUGGUGUGACUGUUACCCAUGAAUGUUAGGAAUCCUGUGGAAGUUGUGUGGUCUCUGGGUAUUCUGUCAGCUUGCAGAUAAGAGAUGAGUCGAUGCUGUUAUGCUCAAGUUCCAGCAAGCUGUUGGCUUGAUUUUGUUAAGCCUUGUUCCUCAUUUAGUGAUGAGCUAAAAGGUCAAAAAAUUGCAGAGGCUUCUCACCUCUGGCCACUAGAAGUCUCUGUGGAACAAAAAUAAGAUGUAUAGCAGGAAGUAACAUCAGGGGAGCUUGCCUUGCUUGCUAUUACAAAUGUCAUUGUGUGACUUAGUUUUCUAGUGGUGCUUAAAUCUGGUUACCUUGGAGAGCAGUAACUCAUUAGAGACAUGCAGGAUACACAGGCAGUAUUUAAACCUGAUGAAACCAAAGGCCAAAAUACAAUGUGCCUCAGUGGCCUGCCAAAGCUGAACUGCACGGAGCCCAGGAGUUUGUGCUUGUGUGUGAACUUCUGAGGUGGUGCAUGAGGUUUACCAUUCAUGCCAGCCAGCAGUUGACCUGUUCAUGCACAUAAGAACUGCCAAGAAAAUAUUUUAACUUCAAGGCUUUGCACAUAACAUGCAAAGAGUUCCUCAUGUGUGGUUCCCAGAAUAUGUGAUGCAACCCACGCCACUAAGUUGCAUUGUGCAGAAUAUUCCUCCAUCUCUAUUCAUGUGUGCAUGGCUUCCUGGUGAAACUUUUCAUUAGUUGUUUAAAAAUGUCUAUGAUCUUCUGUUAAAUAGGCAAAAAAAUCGGUGCACUACACUUCUAGUUAUUAGAACUGCACAGUAUUUCAGCUUGACUUGUACAUGUUUACAGGUAGUGUUAUCAUCCAGUAUUAUCACAUUUUUUGGUGGUCUUCUUUUUACCAGCUAUGUAAUCAAUAAAAAGGAUUUUUCUGUUGCCCUUUCGGUGUCUUCUGUGAGAGAGUCUCCCCUUCCCUUCAGUGUCUGUAAGCAUGGUAAGAUAUUUCAGCAGAAAGGGAAAGAUUUUUUUUCUUAGUUAUAAAACAUCAGAAAUGAAUGAAUGGUCUUAAAUUUGACAGAGUUGGAUGUUCAGACACAUAACUGAGAAAUGGCAAAUGGAUUAAUUUAAUGAAAUUGUAUAGCUGUUUAAGUGACUGUUCCCUUAAGUGCCAUGUUAAACAUCAGCAAUAUGCGGUACAAGAAAUUUGAAUCACAAACAUAAGUGAUGUUAUCUUCAUGAAGAUUGAUGUAAAGAAAAAAAUAAAUUGUUUAUUGCUUUAUA